AUGCUCCGUUCGAGAACCCGUUUCGCAUACAGGAACAUAUCCUCGACUGCAAUCACAUGCCCACCUGACUACAGCAGCUGCGUGGUCCCACAGACCAAUUCAAGUGCUUUUUGCAGUGAGUGCGGCUCCUUCUGCACCACAUGUGACAAGCCACCACCAGCUAGCUUUUCCACUGUCAGUGCCGACACUCUCCCCGUCGCCAGUGCCAACACCCUCCCCGUCGCCAAUGCCAACACCCUUCCCGUCGCCAAUGCCAACACCCUCCCCGUCGCCAGUGCCAACACCCUCCCCGUCGCCAGUGCCAACACCCUCCCCAUCGCCAGUGCCAACACCCUCCCCAUCGCCAGUGCCAAUACCCUCCCCAUCACCAGUGCCAACACCCUCCCCGUCGCCAGUGCCAACACCCUCCCCAUCGCCAGUGCCAACACCCUCCCCGUCGCCAGUGCCAACACCCUCCCCAUCGCCAGUGCCAACACCCUCCCCAUCGCCAGUGCCAACACCCUCCCCGUCGCCAGUGCCAACACCCUCCCCAUCGCCAGUGCCAAACCCCUCUCCACCUCCUCCAACGUCAUCUCCCAUUUUGGCGUGGUGACGCUGGUGGUUAUCACGGCGCGCAAGGCUGUGCAUGUAACACAGGAAAACCAGAUCAAUCUCAAACAAUGGGUGGCCCCGUUGGUGGACUCUGGUGCUGUAUUGGCAUUAAAGGACCCUCACUUGGACGCACCAGAUGACUUGGUGCUGCGCUGGGCUCGCCUUGCCCUCUCCUGCACGGCCAUGCCUGCAGCCUCCCGCCCCUCCAUGAAUCAAGUGCUUUGGGAGCUGGUGAAGUUGAAGGAGGAGGCGUCCAGAGCACAUGAGGGCCAUGUGGGCGAGGCCAAAUCUUGCAUUGACAUGGAGCUUGGGAGCUCCAUUGGCUCCUCCAGCUUCACUGCUGAAAUGGCCCGUGCGGAGCGCGAGGGGGGCAUGCCAAGUGGCUCUUCCACGUAA